AUGGCUGCAGAGAGGUAUCUGUGGCUGGCAACAGCUCUGCUUCGGCUUUGGUUGGGGGCUGGGGAUCUCUGCUACGCGCAAUCGACGUUGCUGUCCUUCCAAGAUUUGCUGCCGGACGACCCUCGUCUCUACGACAAGAUGAGACCUCCAAAGAAAGAUGACCAGCCCACGAUAGUCAAUUUUCACGUCACCGUUAUGGGUCUGGAUUCAAUUGACGAGAAUUCCAUGACGUAUGCCGCCGACAUAUUUUUCGCUCAAACUUGGAAGGACUUCCGGCUUAGACUACCAGAAAACAUGACAACGGAGUAUAGAUUACUAGAAGUCGAUUGGCUGAAACACAUGUGGAGACCAGAUUCCUUCUUCAAGAACGCAAAGUCUGUCACCUUCCAGACUAUGACCAUACCCAACCAUUACGUCUGGCUCUACAAAGACAAGAGCAUCUUGUAUAUGGUGAAACUGACGUUGAAGCUAUCCUGCGCUAUGAAUUUCUUAAUCUACCCGCACGACACGCAGGAGUGCAAACUUCAGAUGGAAAGCUUGUCCCAUACGACCGAUGACAUGAUAUUCCAGUGGGACCCGGAAGUGCCCCUGGUGGUGGACGAGAACAUAGAACUGCCCCAACUUGAAUUGGUGCAAAACAGAACAGCUGAUUGUACGCAGUGGGUAUCGUUCUGGAUAAAGCCGGAUGCCGCGCCAGCUCGAGUCACGCUCGGUGUGACGUCACUGCUGACUUUGUCCACACAACACGGGAAAGUUCAGUCGCAACUACCGCCAGUUUCUUACUUAAAAGCCGUUGAUGCCUUCAUGUCUGUUUGUACUGUAUUCGUGUUCAUGGCUCUGAUGGAAUAUUGCCUCGUCAACAUUAUCUUAGACGACGGAGGACGAAAGCCGAAGGAGCCAGCUGAAGCAGCGAAAGCCAAACUCCGCGCCAUCAACAUAGAUAGAUUUUCCCGCGUAUUCUUUCCUCUUCUAUUUUCUGUUCUUAACGCUAUCUACUGGAUUCAAUUCGCUCAAUACAUAUGA